AUGUGGCUUCAAAACGGAGACCCAAACCAACAACCUAUCAGCCACCAGCCCAAGCUGAACCAACGACCUAUCAGCCACCAGCCCAAGCUGAACCAACAACCUAUCAGCCACCAGCCCAAGCUGAACCAACAACCUAUCAGCCACCAGCCCAAGCUGAACCAACAACCUAUCAGCCACCAGCCCAAGCUGAACCAACAACCUAUCAGCCACCAGCCCAAGCUGAACCAACAACCUAUCAGCCACCAGCCCAAGCUGAACCAACAACCUAUCAGCCACCAGCCCAAGCUGAACCAACAACCUAUCAGCCACCAGCCCAAGCUGAACCAACAACCUAUCAGCCACCAGCCCAAGCUGAACCAACGACCUAUCAGCCACCAGCCCAAGCUGAACCAACAACCUAUCAGCCACCAGCCCAAGCUGAACCAACGACCUAUCAGUCACCAGCCCAAGCUGAACCAACAACCUAUCAGCCACCAGCCCAAGCUGAACCAACGACCUAUCAGUCACCAGCCCAAGCUGAACCAACAACCUAUCAGCCACCAGCCCAAGCUGAACCAACAACCUAUCAGCCACCAGCCCAAGCUGAACCAACAACCUAUCAGCCACCAGCCCAAGCUGAACCAACAACCUAUCAGCCACCAGCCCAAGCUGAACCAACAACCUAUCAGCCACCAGCCCAAGCGGAACCAACAACCUAUCAGCCACCAGCCCAAGCUGAACCAACAACCUAUCAGCCACCAGCCCAAGCUGAACCAACAACCUAUCAGCCACCAGCCCAAGCUGAACCAACAACCUAUCAGCCACCAGCCCAAGCUGAACCAACGACCUAUCAGCCACCAGCCCAAGCUGGACCAACAACCUAUCAGCCACCAGCCCAAGCUGAACCAACAACCUAUCAGCCACCAGCCCAAGCUGGACCAACAACCUAUCAGCCUCCAGCCCAAGCUGAACCAACAACCUAUCAGCCACCAGCCCAAGCUGAACCAACAACCUAUCAGCCACCAGCCCAAGCUGAACCAACAACCUAUCAGCCACCAGCCCAAGCUGAACCAACAACCUAUCAGCCACCAGCCCAAGCUGAACCAACAACCUAUCAGCCACCAGCCCAAGCUGAACCAACAACCUAUCAGCCUCCAGCCCAAGCUGAACCAAGGACCUAUCAGCCACCAGCCCAAGCUGAACCAACGACCUAUCAGCCACCAGCCCAAGCUGAACCAACAACCUAUCAGUCACCAGCCCAAGCUGAACCAACAACCUAUCAGCCUCCAGCCCAAGCUGAACCAAGGACCUAUCAGCCACAGUUUUAGAAACCUCAGACUGCUGGAGACCAAGUUGAGGCAGGACACUGAGCUAAUGGAGACCAGGCUGAGCCAGGACACCGAGCUAAUGGAGACCAGGCUGAGCCAGGACACAGAGCUGCUGGAGACCAGGCUGAGCCAGGACACCGAGCUGAUGGAGACCAGGCUGAGCCAGGACACCGAGCUGCUGGAGACCAGGCUGAGCCAGGACACCGAGCUGCUGGAGACCAGGCGACGCUCUUUCCUCCCGUAUAAGAGAGAGCCCAACAGCUGCUGCUGA